UACCAUAACAAUGGUAUACUAGGGACAAGAAGGUAAUUGUAAGUGGAGUAAAGGUGGGUGGCCCACCCUUAAUCACCACUUCAGAUAUUUUGCAACUUCUCUCUCUAAAAUUCUGUUCCAAAAUUUGAAAUUCAAAAUUUUUUUUGACUUCUCAAUUUAUCUUUAAUUUGUCUUUUAUAAUUUACUGAUUAUUAAUUUAAUGUUAUGUAAAAAAUCAGGUGGUGGUUUCAUUAUUACUGUUUCUUUCCAAAAUACGGUUCUUUCUUCUUCUUCCUCCUUGCGUGCUCUCCCGCUCAAUUGAUCUCCCUCCAAAUUCUCCGCCAAGAACUGGCCAAAUUCUCAGUCUCUCGUUAGAAGGUUAGCCACUUCGUGACCGGUUUCCAAUUCAUACAGUCCAAAAAGGGUGUUUGCCAGGGCGAUUAUAUUUGGUGAAAUUUGUUAACUAAGGAAGUUCUGAAUUACUUUCCAGGAUGGUUAUCAAGGGACAAAGUGGUAGCAGCAGCAAACCUAGGGAAAAACGCGUGGAAGUUGCUCGGAAUAGUAAGCUAAAGGGCAAAGACCCUGUCGUCGAUGAAGAAAUGGAAGAAGAUGAGGAAGGGCGAUCGCUGUCUGGGGAUGACAGUGAAGAAUCUGUUUUUGACGGGGAUGCAUAUGAAGAUGUUGAAGAUGAUGAAUAUGAGGAUGAGAUAUAUGAGGACGAAGAAUUCGAGGAUGAAUUAUGCCAGAGAACAGUGAAACGUGCGCCAAAGAAAAGGCAAUCUGCUAAAAGCAGGAGGGUUAUUUCAUACGAUGAAGUAGAGGAGGAAGAAGAUAUAGAAGACGAAGACGGUGAAUAUAUGGAUGGUGGGUAUGAAGAUGAAGGAGAGGAUGUUGUUGUUCGCGUUCAGAAAAGAGGGAAGAGUUGGAAGGAGGUCGGGCAGAAUGCUUUGAAGAAGAAGGCACAUCUGCAGAUGAUGCGGAAGAGGCGUAGAGAGGAUUAUGAUGAUGUUGACGAGGGAAGGAGACCUGUGAAGAAGACGAUACUUCCUGCGAUGAAGCAGAUGGGUAGGAAGUUUGAUGAAACAGGGGUAGCAAAAGGAAAGCCCCCUGCAAAACAGAAGGCAAUCAGAGGGAAUAACAGGAGGAUGUUUGUGCGGGUACCGAUUCCCAAACAUCCUAUGUCUAGGGGUGAGUAUGCGAAGUUUCACGGCGUGGUAGUUGCUACUCAGCGGGCUAAUUGUGGCCGGAAGCAACCAAGCGUUAUCUGUCGCACGGAUGCAUUUUCUAAGAUUAUUGCUGCUUUUGAUGAGUCAAGGAGAAGUUGUGUUAGGAAAAUGGGUUUCGGGGGAAUGUUGGAUUUGAAAAUAUCCAAGCUACCUAGGCAGCUGUGCUACUGGCUGAUGUCCCGGUUGGAUGGGGGUAACAGUUACCUUGUUGGAGGGGACGGCCAUGUGUUGCCGAUAACUGCUUCCCAUUGGGAAUAUGUAUUCGGAUUCCAGAACAGCGGUCUUCCGGUGCCAGUGAAGGAGUCUGAUCUUCCUCCAGGCACCCUUAAAGCGAUGGCCCUCAAGUAUGGUGAAAAGAAUACAUCAACCUCAAAGAGCACAAUAAUCAUAGCGAAAUCUGUAAAGGAAUUGGCAGGGCCGGUAGACGGUGAAGGAAAAAUAAAGCCCCUGGCUAAUCAGCGUGAUAGGGCCUCGUUCAUGGAAAAUUUCAUGAUUGUGUUGCUGGGGCAGAUUUUAUGUCCUUCUACCGAUGGGGGUAACAUGUCUUUAAAAUUGCUAGGUGCAGUUUCCGUGGCAAAGAAUGCAUCACUGUACAAUUGGUGUGAGUUUUGUCACACAUGGCUUUUAGACUACGGAGACGCCUGUCAGCGGAAGAUAGACCAUCAGGGGUAUGCCGCUGGGACUGGUGGUUGUGUGUUGUUUUUGCUGAUUUUCUACCUAGACCAUUUAUGCAGGCAUCCUGUGAGAUGGGAUGAGUUUCCCAGGAUCAAAGUCUGGACACAGGAGGAAGUGGAUGAGGCCAAGAAUCGGGAUAGGAAAGCGAGUGAAGAUUAUGGAAGGAUUACGACUGUUGAUGUUGUGUACGGGGAUCCUCAUCCCCUUUACGGCAGGGAGGGUAGACGGUCUCCCGCAGUAGAGGUUGCUGAGAUGGUAGCACAGAUGACUUCUUCAGAAUGGAGACGCACCCUAGCUCAGGAGGUCACAGAGAUGGUCAUGGGGCAGCUUGCUCCAUUAUUGCAAGAUCGCCGGGGCGUAUCCCGUGAAAGAGGAAUGAGGUCAUAUCAUGCUACCGAUCAUUUGACGAUAGAUGUUGAUGGUGUGGCUAUGCCGUUGGACCAGUCUGUGAAUAAGGUGCUUACAGAGUUGGAUGCCGAUGACGAUUCCGAUGUGGAGUUGCAACCGUCUGAUGGGGGACGUGUAUUUGUGGGCCCUCAUGUGAGUGUGCCAGUUAUGAAUCCCCUAGACCCGGUCAGCCACGGUGAUGUACCUUUGGUCCACACUGCUGAUGAUGUUGGUGUAGUAGCAACUGACCCAGAAACAAGCAAGCACCCGGUCGACCAGACACAACAGCACGUACAGGUUCAAGCUGGUGACGGGCCACCUCCAGAUGGAAUGUCAUCGGAGAAGGUGGGACAGCUGGGUGUAGUUGAAGACAAAGAGGAUGGUGAAGACAAUGGUGAGGAGAAUGUUGAGGAGCCGGAAGAGCAGGAUGGUGGCGUCAAGGAUGGGGGGCCGAAUAAUAGGGAUGAUGACGAUGAUGAGGGACCGGCUAAUGGUCCUGUGCAAGGAACGGUUGCAGCAUCGCCCUUGGAGAACAUCGCUCAAGAGAACCCCCCUGAAGAUAAGAACAGUGAAGAGAACACCAGUCAAGAUAACCCCACUGAAGGGAACACCACUGAUGAGAAUCUCCAAACUGAUGACCAAGAAGGACCACGGGAGAAAUUGAUCCUAAGGAUUCCGAGAACAAACCCAAAAACACGCUAUCGGCAGACGCGAGUACGAAUGACAAAACUUGAGAGUGACGUAGUAGCUUAUGUGGAGUCAUACAAUCCUAAAGGGAAAGAGCAGGGGGCCAUGCUUAUCGAGUGUGAUGGUAAUGAUGCAAAUCGGAUGAUGUGCUACUCGGUUGUGCGUCCUAGGGAGUACGUGCAUUCCCAAUACGUUCGGGCCGUUGCAAACAUAUACAACAGGGAAUGGGCUCUGGAAUACCCAACGAAUUCUCGCAGAAUCAUGCUGGACUCCUCAUUUGCGUAUCAGAAAUUAAAGACGAGGGAAACAUAUGCUGGUCUGCUGAAGAAGUGGUCCACCCCUCUCCAGAAGAUUGUGUCAGCUGAUAUAUCUGUGGUCUAUGUUCCAGUUGUGGACAACGGACAUUGGUGGUGUGUUGCUUUUGCACUGAAAGACCAGAAGAUAUGGUUCAUUGACAGCAUGUAUACUAAUCCUGCUUCCGAGCAUUCUGGGGAUGUUAAAAAAUUGAUAGCAGCUGUGGAGUACGUUCUACAUUGGAGGGACACGCAGUAUAAUGCAGCUCUUGUUUGGAAGUUGAAGCAAAUGCAUACUUGGCCCUUGGAUUCCAUUAGCUUCCCUGACUACAACGACAAUCAUGCGUGUGGAAUAGUAAUGCUUAUGGCUAUCCAGGAAAGUGCAAGGGCAUUUACAAAGACGAUGCAUGUGGGGGACAUCAAUGUAGCUCGGAGGGCACUGUUUUUGUCUCACUUGAAUUCAGAUUUCAACUCCUGCCGCCCGCUUCUUCCCCAAAUCGUUGCAACCCACUGCCCAGUUCGUUGAUGUUUGGUCGUGCUUCUUCUGCUAACGUUUAGGGUUUUUAACAGAGAAAACAAUUGCACACUUAUCUAGUCAAAUUUUGAAAUGUGAUUAACGCGUGAACUUAAUCGUAGUCGUUGUCCUUUGAUCCUCACAUUUUUUCUAGGAGGUGGGAUUCAUUGCUUGCAGGUAUGUUUUGCAAGUUUUGUGGUAUGCUUUGUAUCGUGCAUUAAAGAUUUACAAUACGAGUUUGGUACGUGUUGUGAUA